CAAAACAGGUGUGAUCCUGAAGUGGGUUUUCUCCUCGAUAUUGGAGAUUCUGUAGCUGCGGGUCUUCAGUGUAGAAACACUGCAGACUGUUGGAGAUUAAAGUGGAUUCAGAGCUGUUUAUUGUAUCAGAUCCAGAAACCGGUGUUUUCUGUGGUUUUAAAUGAAGAUACUCUCUGUAGGGUAAAACUGAGGGGUGAUUAGAUGUGAUUUACUCCUCUGGUCUCUUCAGUAAAGCGGAGCAGCAGAAGGUAGAUCAGCUCUGAUCAUCAGAUCCACAUCUCUGUACUCAGACCUCAGAUCUGCUGGAGGAACUUCAUCAGCUCACCUGCUGCAGAAAUGGAUGCCAUCCUGUUUCAAGUCUUCUGCUGCUCCUAGUAUCUACUUCCCUGCCUGGUUGAAAACAAAGUCUGACUAGUUCACAAAGCCGUUGAUGCUGAUGAAACAGCAUGGCGACAGACAUGGCAUCCAGAGAAAUCUCCAAUGCUCAGCAAAUAUCUUCUCCUUCACCUCACAGGCAAGUGCAGCACAGUACAGAGAAAAAACAAACUGACCACCACUCUGACUGUGGCAAGAGUUUUACUCAACCGAGUCAUCUCAGAACACACCAGCUUUCUGACACCGGGGACAAACCAUAUCACUGCUCAGAUUGUGGGAAAAGCUUUGAUUUUCUGAGUACUCUCCAAAGACACAAGCUCAUUCAUACAGGAGAGAAACCAUUUCAGUGUUCAGACUGUGGGAAAACUUUCAACCUUCAGAGUAAUCUCCGCCGCCACCAGCGCGUUCACACAGGAGAGAAACCGCAUCAGUGCUCGGAGUGUGGAAAGAGUUUUUGUGAACAAAUGAAUCUCAAAGAACACCAGCACAUUCACACUGAAGAGAAAAUGAAUCAGAGCUCAGAAUUUGAGAAGAGUUUUAGUGAAAAGUCUGAAAAGUCCAGUCUCCAAGAACAUCAACACAUUCGCACUAGAGAGAAACCAUAUCACUGCUCAGAUUGUCGGAAAAGCUUUGAUUUUCUGAGUACUCUCCAACGACAUCUGCUCAUUCACACAGGAGAGAAACCAUUUCAAUGUUCAGACUGUGGGAAAACUUUCAAUCUCCAGAGUAAUCUCCGGCGCCACGAGCGCGUUCAUACAGGAGAGAAACCGCAUCAGUGCUUGGAAUGUGGAAAGAGUUUUAGUGAACUGACGAAUCUCCAAGAACACCAGCGCAUUCACACUGGAGAGAAACCCUUUCAGUGCUCAGACUGUGGGAAGAGUUUUGCACAUUACAACUCUCUUAAACAACACCAAUUCAUUCACACAGGAGAGAAACCAUAUCAGUGCCCAGUGUGUGGGAAGAGCUUUGCUCAAAAAAGUCAUUUACAAGAACACAAACACGUUCAUACAAGAGAGAAACCUUUUCACUGCUCUGAGUGUGGGAAAAAUUUUACACAUCAGAAUACCCUUAAAUUACACCAGCGCAUUCACACUGGAGAGAAACCCUUUGAGUGCUCAGACUGUGGGAAGAGUUUUACACAGCACAAUUAUCUCAAACAACACCAGCUCACUCACACGGGAGAGAAACCAUAUCACUGUUCAGACUGUGGGAAGAGUUUUACUCAUCAGAGUGCGCUCCAGAUACACCAGCUCACUCACACAGGAGAGAAACUGCAUCAGUGCUCAGAGUGUGGGAGGAGUUUUAGUCAAAAGUGUCAUCUUCAAGAACACCAGCGCAUUCACACAGGAGAGAAACCCUUUCGCUGCUCAGAGUGUGGGAUGAGUUUUACAUAUAAGAAUUCUCUCAAACAACACCAACGCAUUCAUACUGGAGUGAAACCGUUUCAGUGCUCAGACUGUGGGAAGAGUUUUGUUAGAAAUAAUUAUCUCAUAGAACACCAGCGCGUUCAUACAGGAGAGAAACCGUACCACUGCUCAGACUGUGGGAAGAGUUUUAAUUAUUACAGUUCAUUCCAAAAACACCACGUCAUUCACACAAAAGGGAAACCAUAUCACUGCUCAGACUGUGGGAAGAGCUUUCGCAAACAGAGUUACUUCCAAAUACACCAGCGCAUUCACACUGGAGAUAAACCAUAUUACUGCUCAGAGUGUGGAGAGAGCUUUAGGUUUUCACAAGCAUUCAAGAAGCACAAGUGCAUUGAGAUUAGUGAUGGAAAUGGGCAGUGACUCACCUAAAGUCAGUCCAGCUCCCAAUUGAACUUGUAUUGAGGGAAAACUGUUGCUUUAAACAGUGCAGCAUGUAGUCCAUACACUAAAUAUAUCCUUCCUAGUCAGAUGCUAAAGUACAGUAUUUAACACUAUAAGGCACACAGAAUUAUAAGGCGCCCCAUCAAUAAACAUCUAUUUUCUGGUUUAUUUUCAUACACAAGGUGCACCAGAUUAUAUGGCGCAUUAUGUGACACUAGUAAGGAACAGGGUUGUUGGCAUGAUUUCCUCCUAAUUUAGCAGGCCUCGCCGCUGGGUGGCAAGACUUGUAAAGCUAUGUUAAAAAAAUAUUUUAUAGUCAAACAAGCGCUGGAUGUUUGUUAAUUUACACAGAUUUCUCUCCUGUAUACUUUUUAUUUGGGUGAGUAAAGCACUUCCGUUUAUUUACAGUAAGCUUAGAUUACUACCAAGGCUGCCAGACUGCGCUAUACUGAGGAACCCUGAGUCUUCUGGUAAGUCAGGGUGAAAUUAGCUAGCGGUUCAUCCCAUGUAGCUUGUUUUAAGAUGGUAAACACGCAGACUACAGUCCCAUAAUACUCACCUCUGAACAGCGAAAGAGAUAACUAGCACUUAGCGCAGUUAGCAGGUAAUGCUAAUGCUGCUCUAGCAGUGCUAGCCAGGGUUAGCAGAAGUCCUAUCAUCAGAUAUACUCGCCUCUGAAAGGCAAUAGAGCUAACUAGCGCUUAGCAUGGUUAGCGGCUAAUGCUAAUACUGCCCCAGCAGCUAAAUUGUGAAUGUUUUUUUUCUCUGGCUGCAUUGAGAUCUGAGCUGUUUUUUCUAUCUGUGCAUGGGAGGACCAACAAAACUAAACAUUACAUUGUUUUCUUAGCAACAUGAUUGAACUCUGGUUUACUGCUGAUUUUUUGUUCUCUCUUUAACUCCACUACUGAAAGAGAACAUCAGUUCUGUAGAUUUUCUGUUGUCUGCCUUGUAUAUAAAGUUUGUCAUGUUAAUAAAUGGCUUAGUUUUUUAUGACUACUAGACAGCAAGUUGCUGUUUAUUGAUGGUUUCAACUAAAGCAUUUCUUUAAUUUAUAUGUGAUACAUAUAUGACUUCCUGCGUGUACUUUAGUUUGAACAAUCUGCAUACUUAAGAGUUUUUUGCUUUACCUGUCUAUGCAGUAUGUUCAAUCCCACUGACUUCCAGACAGACAUAUUCGACCUGCUGUCAAAUAGAGGUGACUGCAAGUUGGGGUGAGACACUUUCGAUAAUGUUUAAAUGACUCACUAAAUUAAAAGAAAAUCAUAAUUUUAACAGUCGAGCCAAUCAAGUGAGAUGGAAUGGGAUGCUUUGUCUGCUCAUCACAUUCUAGUUCAAGCACUUCCUCAAAACUAUUUUUUUGUGAGAUAUUUGUAUAGUGAGUGUUAUACAAAUAUCUUUCCUGUUGAAAGUUAAAAAUGAGUUAUUUUUAAAUUUGAUGUUAAUGUAUUUGAAAAAUAAAUCUAAUACUGCUGCCUUCUUUUUUUUGGGCACUUCUAAAUGUUCUUUGCAGAUUUUUAUUUUUUUUUGUAUUUGACAGCUUUCUGUGGACCCUGUACUAACGUAAGUCAGCUAUCAUCUGUUCUUUAUUUUGGUUUGCAAAGGCCUUUUGGUAUGAUAUGUUUCAUAGCCAUUUGUAUUAAUGUGUUAAAGUUCAAAUGCUUGUUGUAUUUCUUGUAUUUUUCCCCAACUUCCAAUAAACCAUUAAAAGAGAGAACUGGC